GGCGCCAUGAGCGCGGCGCUCUUCAGCCUGGACGCGCCCGCGGGCCUGGGCCUGGGCGCGGGCAAGGCGGCGCGCGCGCCCGAGCCCGCGAUGGACGACGACGAGGGCGCCAUCGACUUCAGCGCCUACAUCGACUCCAUGGCGGCCGUGCCCACGCUGGAGCUGUGCCACGACGAGCUCUUCGCCGACCUGUUCAACAGCAACCACAAGGCGGGCGCGCUGGAGCUGCUGGGCCCGGGCCCCGGCGCGCCGCGGCCGCUCAAGCGCGAGCCCGCCUGGGCGGGGGACGCGGCCGGCUCGCUGCUGCCCGCGCAGGUGGCGGCGUGCGCGCAGACGGUGGUCAGCCUGGCCGCGCCCACGCCGCCCGCGUCGCCCGAGCCGCCGCGCGCCAGCCCCGCGCCCGCGCCCGCGCCCGCGCGCGACAAGGCGGCGCUGGCGGCGGCCAAGCGCGGCCCGGACCGCGGCAGCCCCGAGUACCGGCAGCGGCGCGAGCGCAACAACAUCGCCGUGCGCAAGAGCCGCGACAAGGCCAAGCGGCGCAACCAGGAGAUGCAGCAGAAGCUGGUGGAGCUGUCGGCCGAGAACGAGAAGCUGCACCAGCGCGUGGAGCAGCUCACGCGCGACCUGGCCGGCCUGCGCCAGUUCUUCAAGCAGCUGCCCGGCGCGCCCUUCCUGCCCGGCGCGGCCGACGGCCGGUGACCCCGGCGCGCGCGCCCGCCCGCCCGCCCCUAAGUUAUUGGAGGAGCAGGGACGCUCGCCGCCGCCGCCGCGCGUGGGUGCCGCGGGGCGCGCGGACGGACUGCCGCGAGACGCAGAGACUGAGCACGCUCCCGUUUUUAUACGAGACUUUGGAACCGCGUUUGUAAGAAUAAAGACUGGUGAAACCGC